AUGACCACCGAAAUUCAAUGCUACUAUUGUAAAGAGCUAACAUUUUUUCCGUCACUCGACGAACUGGAAGCUCAUAUUGCAUUCGAUCAUUUGGGGCUUGCACCGUACGAAUGUGAAAGCUGCAAAUACGCACGCUUCCCCACCGAAUAUGCACUAGCCUACCAUUCGAAGGACAUACACAACACAGAAACAUUUAUGAUGAAAAUUCGGUACAACAAAGAAGUAUUUAAGAAUGUGAGCAUUCUUAAAAGUAUAAUGUUACGCUACUACAGUACCCACACACCAACGCCUGUUUCUGUUCCAAGUACAAGUGAGAAACUGGAGACUAUGAGUGGGAUUAAUGUGAAGGUAGACGGCGAAAAACAAGAGACUCCAUCCUCGUCAUGUUCUCAGUCAUCAACCUCACCUAUGUGCUCUCCAUCCGAAUUCAAAGAGCCAGCUUUUUCGAUCAAAAAUAUUUUAACCUGA